AUGAGGAAUAGAAGUCCACACAGAGAAGCAGCAGCACAGACCUGCUUCUGGUUCAUCGUCACCGGGAAAUGCCCAGACCGGGUGUAUUUUACUGCUGAGAAGGCUGCUAUAGUUAGUCUGUGGAACAACGUAAACAUGAAGAAGGUGGGAGGUGAGAUCCUGGGCAUUAUCUACCCAUACACCCAGAGCUUCUUUGAUACUUUUUGCAAGCUGUCCUCCAAUUCUGUAAAAAUUGGCAACCCCAAAGUCAAGGCUCAUGGCAAGAAGCUGCUAACCUCCUUUGAAAAUGCUGUUCAUCAUAUGGAUGAACUCAAAGACACCUUUGCUAAACUUAGUGAGCUGCACUGUGACAAACCGCACGAGGAUCCUGAGAAUUUCCAGCUCCUAGGCAACAUGAUAUUGAUUGUCUUGGCAACAAAUUUCAGGAAGGAAUUCUCCUCAAAGAUUCAGGCUGCUUGGCGGAAGUUGACGACUGCUGUGGAAAAUGCUCUGGCUCGCAAGUACCAUUGA